GAGUCAAAAACAGAGUCCAUCACAUCAAUGGAGCUAAUGAGUCCCCUCCGCCUCCCGCUCUUCCUCUUCUCAGCGGCAUUGGUGUUGAAUUUGGCGUUUUCACUGGGAAUCAACUACGGCCAGCUUGGAAACAACCUCCCUCACCCCGAAUCAGUGGUCCCACUCGUCAAAUCCAUAGGCGUCCGCAGCGUUAAGCUCUACGACGCCGAUCCCCGCGUCCUCAAAGCCUUCGCCAACUCCGGCGUCGAAUUCAUCGUCAGCCUCGGCAACGAGAACCUCGCCCGCAUGCGCGACCCGAAGCAGGCCACCGCCUGGGUGAAAUCUAACGUCCAGUGCUACCUCCCGGCCACCAAAAUCACCUUCAUCGCCAUCGGCAACGAGGUCCUCACCCUCAACGACUCCGCCCUCUCCAAUAACCUCCUCCCGGCGAUGGAAUCCGUCCACACCGCCCUCGUCUCGCUAGGCCUCGACAAACAGGUCGCCGUCACCACCGCGCACAACCUCGCCAUCUUAGAAGUCUCCUACCCGCCCUCCGCCGGCCAAUUCCGCCGCGAUCUGGCGCCGAAGCUCUCCUGCAUCCUCGAAUUCCACAGCAAGGUCGGAUCGCCCUUCUUCAUCAACGCCUACCCCUUCUUCGCCUACAAGUCCAAUCCGAAGCAGGUGCAGCUCGAUUUCGUGCUGUUCGGGCCGGGCUCGGGGAUAAUCGAUCAAGGAUCGGGCCUGCACUACGACAACAUGUUCCACGCGCAGGUGGACGCUGCGUACGCGGCGAUGGAGAAGCUAGGGUAUAAGAGUGUGUGUUUGCAGAUCUCGGAGACGGGGUGGCCGUCGAAGGGGGACGCGGACGAGGCAGGGGCGACGCCGGAUAACGCGCGCCUGUACAACGGGAAUUUGAUGAAGCUGAAGAAGGGGACGCCGAUGAGGCCGAAUGCGGACUUGAAUGUGCACUUUUUUGCCUUGUUUAAUGAGAAUCAAAAGCCCGGCCCGACCUCUGAGAGGAAUUUCGGGCUGUUCAAGCCUGAUGGCACCCCGGUUUAUAAUUUGGGGUUUAAUACGAUGGGAUUGGGAUCGGUGAGUGGUAACUCUUCCGUGUCGGAUGGCGGCACGCCGUCGUCAGGGUCCGACGGCUACUUGGCAAUUACUUCCGACCACGCGAGGAGCCUUCCUAAUCCUCUCCAAUGGGCACUAUCAAUUGUGUGCAUGGCGGUUUCGGCCAUUGUAGCAUUUCAUCUCUGAUCAUAAUAUCCAAGGGAAUCAAUGUACAUACAGAGAAUCACUUGAAAAAGAACAAGAGGGGCUUCUUCACUCAACGCGAAAAAGCCUAGAGGCAGCCCCGGCCGGGGGUGAGGCCACAUCCAGUUAGUUAGCAGUAUGGGAGAUUUAGGAAGGUCGGCUGAAUUAUUUGAGUGAUGGGAUACGAGAAAGAUGCAUUGCUCUUAUGUUACUUUUAGGCUGGCAUUGAGUAUGUGCUUUUUCCUCUCUAUUUUUUUGUGAGCUUAUACCCUAGAUUUGAUUUGAUGCUGUGGACAUGGACCACCACUAUUAUUAUUCGUUUCUCUAGAAUUUGGGAUCAUAUUACAAUAAUUAUUCAUUCAUCCUGAAAUCCAUAUUCUGCUUUUUAAUUAUUGAA